CGAUCCGUUCAUUUAGAUUGAUGUAGUCGGGCAAAAGCUAUCGUCGGUGUUGUUUCGUUGUCAUUGGAUUCCUGUAAACCGCGUGAUAAUAAACAAGGCAUCAUGGCGACUCCAGCAAUGCUUGCUAAAGCCCCAGAGGUAAGGGACAUCGCAAGGAUUGAAAGGAUUGGCGCCCACUCACACAUCCGAGGUCUCGGCUUAGACGACAGCCUUGAUCCAAGAAACGUCUCACAAGGCAUGGUGGGACAGCUGAAGGCUCGUAGAGCCGCCGGUGUCGUCCUCAAUAUGAUAAAAGAGGGCAAGAUUGCUGGCAGGGCGAUUCUACUCGCCGGUCCGCCCGGGACGGGAAAAACAGCCAUUGCCAUGGGUAUCGCCAAGUCUCUCGGAAAAGACACGCCAUUCACAGCAAUGGCAGGCUCUGAGAUUUACAGCCUCGAGAUGAGCAAGACAGAAGCUUUAACACAAGCUAUGAGGAAGUCUAUAGGCGUUAGGAUAAAGGAAGAAACAGAUAUCAUAGAAGGUGAAGUAGUUGAAAUUCAGGUCGAAAAGCCGGCAACAGGAACUGGUGCAAAAGUUGGAAAGCUUACUUUGAAGACGACAGAAAUGGAGACAAUUUAUGAUCUCGGCACAAAAAUGAUAGACGCCCUUACAAAACAGAAAGUACAGGCAGGAGAUGUCAUAACGAUAGAUAAAGCGACCGGCAAGAUCAACAGGAUAGGCCGUUCAUUCACUAGAGCAAGAGAUUAUGAUGCCACCGGUCCACAGACAAGGUUCGUCCAGUGCCCAGAGGGUGAACUUCAGAAAAGAAAAGAGGUCGUGCACACCGUCACAUUGCACGAAAUCGACGUGAUCAACUGCCGUACGCACGGCUUCCUCGCUCUGUUUUCCGGCGAUACCGGUGAAAUAAAACCGGAGGUCAGGGAAAAAAUAGACGAACGUUUUGAAGAAUGGAGGGAAGAGGGCAAAGCCGAGAUCUCCCCUGGGGUGUUGUUUAUCGACGAAGUUCAUAUGCUUGAUGUCGAGUGUUUUGCAUUUCUCAAUCGCGCUCUCGAGGAUGAAAUGUCUCCUAUCGUAAUAAUGGCGACAAACAGGGGUAUCACAAGAGUGAGAGGAACAAACUACAACUCUCCUCACGGCAUUCCACUUGACCUCCUCGAUAGAAUGGUCAUAAUAUCUACAACAAAAUACGAUGAAGCGGAAGUCAAAGAAAUACUGAAAAUCCGGUGUGAAGAAGAAGACUGUGAAAUGUCUGACGAAGCUCUUACAGUCCUCAUGAGGAUAGCCCUCGAAACAUCACUACGAUAUGCAAUCCAAUUAAUCACACUUGCUGGUUUAGUCGCACGCAGAAGAAAGUCAACAGAGGUUGGAAUUGAAGAUGUAAGAAAAGUUUAUUCGUUGUUCUUAGACGAGGAAAGGUCGACGGAGAUACUCAAUCAAUACCAGGAUCAGUAUCUGUACGAUCAGAAGCCACUGAAAGGUGGUCCAGGAGGAGAGCCGAUGGAGACUUGAAUUCAAAAAAGAAAAACCAUUCUACUUAAACCAUUAGUGUUAAUCUUUUGACUGUGUCUUGAAAAAUAAAUAUUUCUCAGUGUA